AUGACGACUCAACAGCGCCCGGCGGCUUGGGAAGCUGAUCCCACCUAUUCACCGCUCAAUCUAGCACAAUAUAAUCCUGCGCCUUCUCACCAUACCGCUACCCCGGAAGUAGCCCAGAUCCUCUGUCCGUCCGCGUCUUCUUGGCCCAGAUCUAAGCUGUCGCCCUCUUCGUCAUCAUCCUCCAACUCGUCGCACGCUUCCUCUGACGUGUACGUCGACCGUCGACCCUCGCCCCCGCCGACGUUCAAAAGCGCUCGCGGAUUCAGGCUACCGCGGUUCUCGCUUUGGGGACGCACUACUCCCGAUACUCUGCUCAGCGACAGCAUCAACAGCCUCUCGCCACCUUCCAACGUCUCCUCAGAUCUCAACAAGCUCCCCAUCAGUCAACAAAGAGCCCAUUCCGCAGAGCCUCCAACGCAUGCUCGCAGUCGCCACAUCACUACCGCACCAAGUUCGCCAACUAGGCCGUCCUCGUCAGAGCUUGAUGCUCCAAUGCCGACCCUCACUGUGAACGCACCUUUGAGCCCAUCCAUGUCUUCUCCGAGGCUCGGCUCUGUAUGGCGUCUCAGCGGCGGUCUCUUUGCUUCCUCAGCAUCUUCCACACCGCGUCAAGACCCGAGACAUGGUCGUCCACAGACAACAGAGGCUGCAACUCCUCGAGAUUUGGCCAGCGGCGCUCCACCCUCCCAAUUUGCAGCAUGGUCCGAGCUCUUGCACAGUCCUGCCCCGCCCGCUCGCUCCACCACCUUCAGCAGCGUCUCGUCUGCAUCAGGCAGCAGCACUUCUCGCCCUGACAUCAGAAACGUUCGAAGCCAUGAAAGUCUGAAAUCGUCCGCUGCGGGUGAUGCCGAGCCCUCCGGAUCCUCGGAACAUAGUACAAUUCCAGAGCCAAAGGCAAUCAAGUUGAAACUGCGAUCCAAGUCCAAGUUCAGUCAAGAGUCCGACUUCGAUAACAUCUUUCUCUCACAGGAGCUGCGAUCGUCCAAGUCAAGCCCUCCUGCUGGUUCUCUGGGUAGAACUGCAUCAGUAGCCAGAGGUCCUGCACUCGGUCAAGAUGAACUAUCGGCCGUGUCGGGUGCUGAGGGUAGGCGGAAGCGUGCCAGUUGGGCACCUCCUCGCUCUUCAUCUCCGCAUGCUGUUCCCGAUCGUCACGCCGCUAGUCAUCAGAUCUACGCUGCUCGCAGCUCCGUUGAGGAAGGAGACGAUGACGAAGGGUUUUUCCCAGCCCGACCAUCAAGGUUUGACCGUCAGCCAAGCACCAGUAGUCACCUGACCACCGCUUCAUCUGUCAACGCCAUCUCCUCACAUGCUGGUGAGUCGAUUCCCCCACGGUCGCCCCGCCUAGGUAGCGAAGUCGAGCCAUCCGAGGUGAAAAGACCGAAGCGGAGCAAGUCCAUCUCGCCAAAGCGCAAGACGUAUGCGUUGCAGUUUUCGCUCGAUGGUCGAUACCUCGCAGCAGCUGGCUCUGAUGGCGUCGUUCGCGUCUAUGAAGUCAUCUCGUCGCCAGCGGAUCGAGCUGAUGAGAUCGAGCUUGCUCAGAUGCAGAAAGCAGAGCAGGGGUGUCAAAGAAGAGCAUCUUCCGUGUGCCCCUCGAAUGCCUGUGCCGUCAAUCGGAGUAACACAAAGGCGGACGUUCGCGCUGCAGCUCCAGAGCUGGCACCGGUCUUCAAGGCGACACCGAUCCACACCUUCCAAGGACACACUGGCGACAUCCUGGAUCUAUCUUGGAGCAAGAACAACUUCUUACUGAGCUGCAGCACCGACAAGACAGCCAAGCUCUGGCAUCCCAACCGAAGCGAGUGCCUCUGCACCUUCUCCACCUCAGCCAUCGUCUCGUCGGUCGACUUCCAUCCAACGGACGAUCGCUUCUUUGUCACUGGUGGGCUGGAUGGCAAAUUGAGGCUGUGGAACAUCACGGCUCGUCGUGUUCAGUCGAUCCAUGAUGUACCUGGUGUCAUCACUGCUGUCGCCUUCUCCUCGAGCGGGUCCGCGGUCUGCGUUGGCACGCACCCUGGAUCCAUCUUGACUUUCAACUGUACGGAUUCGCUGACCUACGUCAAUUCUGUAGUCGUCAAAUCUGCCGCUGCGAGCAAAACGACCCAAGCGAGCAAGAUCACUAGCAUUCAACCGAUCAAGCUCGACUCCUCCGCCGCCUGUGCCGCGGGUGCACCUGAGUACAUGACGGUCACUUCGAACGACUCUCGCGUGCGGAUCUUUUCGAUCGCAUCACGACGUCUCGUCUCUCGAUUCAAAUCGUCCAGCUACAUCAACCGUACGAGUCAGAUCCGUGCUACUUCGUCGUCCGAUUCACAGUUCAUCGUUUCCGGUAGCGAGGACGCAUCGAUUCACAUCUGGAGCUUGGCCAGCAACGCAUCGCUGUUCACAGGGCUGUUUGCGGGGAUCAAGCGAAACAAGUCGUUGAAAUCGAACGGCGCAGCGGGUGGGACGUCGGAUGCAGGUGACAAUUCCACGUGGAGAUCGUGGCAGGCAGGGAGUGGCAGUGUUAGGUGUGCCAUUUUCGCCCCUGCUGCAACGAGCCAUCUGCUGGCACUCGCUCAUGAUCCGUUGGAAUCCAACCGCGACGUCAAAGACGUCAGGUCGAGGAUCAUCGUCUCGACCGACGACUCGAAUGCUAUCCGGAUCUGGAGAAGCGAUCCUCUCGGUCGUCUUCUCUGA